AUGGCGAUGGUUGAAGGCGAGUGGAAGGGAGCUGCACAAUGGACAGACAUAAAUUCCUUCUUUAACAACGAAAUUAAUGGGGUUUAUCUCAUCAGAAUCCUACUGGAAGUGGAAGUACGAUGUGUUUUUGAGCUUCAGAGGCGAAGAUACCCGCAACAGUUCACGAGCCAUCUGUACGGAGCUCUGUGUCAAAAGGGAAUAUAUACUUUCAUAGACAAUGAAAAGCUCAAGAGGGGAGAGAAGAUUUCCACUGCACUUGAGAGAGCCAUUGAAGACUCUAGAAUCUCUGUUGUUGUCUUAUCCAAAACCUACGCUUUUUCCAGUUCAUGCUUAGACGAGGUCCUUAAGAUCCUCGAGAUCAAGGAUUCUAAGGGGCAACUGGUGUUGCCAGUGUUUUACAACAUAGAUCCAUCAGAAGUACGACAUCAGAAAAGAAGCUUUCAUGACGGUUUCCUCAAACAUGAAGAUAACUUGGGAAUUACAGAAAAGGUUAGCAGGUGGAGGGCAGCCCUGAGUGAAAUUGCUUCUUUGUCUGGCUGGCAUCUUAAUAACGGGAAUGAGCCUACAUUCAUACAAAGAAUUGGUGAAGAAAUACUCAGUAAGCCGAACCGCACACCUCUGAAAGUAGCUAAACAUCCUGUGGGCUUGGAGUCUCCUUUAGAGGACAUAAAUUCAUUGUUGGGUGUCCAAUCAGAAAAUGAUGUGAGGGUUAUUGGAAUCCAUGGUAUUGGAGGAAUAGGUAAAACAACUUUGGCUAAAGCUCUCUAUAACCAGAUCUCUUAUCAUUUUGAGGCCAGCACAUUCAUUGCAAAUGUUAGAGAAAUUUCAAAGCAAAACUUCGGCUUAGUUCAACUACAACAAGCUCUUCUUUCAGAAACACUAAACUAUAGAGACUUGAAGGUUGGCAAUGUAGAUAGAGGAAUCAACCUCAUAAAGAACAGACUCUGUUCUAAAGGAGUUCUCAUAGUUCUUGACGAUGUAGAUUCGAUGGAGCAACUUGAAUCAUUGGUUGGAGAAAACAACUGGUUUGGCUUAGGAAGUAGAGUUAUCAUAACAACUAGAGAUGAACACUUGUUAAUUGCUCACAGUGUUGAAGCAAUCUACAAGGCUAAGGAAUUAAGAUAUGACCAUGCUCUUGAAUUGCUCAGCUGGUAUGCUUUCAGAAAACCUUAUCCUCCCACAAACUAUGAGAAACUUUCAAUGCACAUAUUAAACUAUGCCAAAGGUCUUCCAUUGGCUCUAACCGUGUUGGGGUCAUAUUUAAGUGGGAAGACUAUAGUAGAAUGGAUGAGUGCGUGA